GCAGCAAACCUUCCCAGCAGGUGAUACUAGACUAUGACUAUACAUUUACAACGCCAUAUUUUGGAAGUGAAGCAAUUGAAAUAGAUUCUGAUAAGCAUGGAAGUGGAGAAGUUUACAAACAAAACUCUAGUCUGCAUUGGGAGGACAGUGAGGAGAAGCUUGAUCUGGUUGCAUUGGCACUAAAAGAACCUAUUCUUUUUUAUGAUGAGGUGGUAUUAUAUGAAGAUGAAUUGGCAGACAAUGGAGUUUCACUUCUAACUGUCAAAGUGAGAGUCAUGCCAAGCUCUUGGUUUCUUCUCCUACGAUUUUGGGUGAGUCUCAUAUUUCUCUAAAUUUUUUUUUUGAUACAUCUGAUAAUGAUGGGCUAUACAAGAGGGGAUAGCCCUCUCCUUUCCCUAAAUCCCUCCCCACCCGACUCAAGGUUCAAACUUGAGAUCUCCAACUUAGAAUCUCAAGCUCUUAACCAUUGAGCUACCCCCUUGGGGGUUCAUAUUUCUCUAAAUUCCAAAGGAUUAAUUAAACCAAUCUAUGUUAUUGAAAUUUCUUUGAAAUCCCUCCUCUUUGAUGGCUCAAAUGUCUGUGUUUCUGAGCACAGGUCCAUGAGGAUGAAUAAGAACGCUAUUGUUUCUAUUUACUGGCUUUAUUUUUCCAUUUAGUCACUUAGUUUCUAACAGCUUAGGGUUGAUGGAGUGCUUAUGAGAUUAAGAGACACUCGAAUGCAUUGUGUUUUUGACAAGAAUGCUAACACUGUCAUCAUCCGGGAAAGAUGUUGGAGAGAAUCCACAUUUGAAGCUUUGUCUGCGAAAGGUUAUCCUACUGAUUCUAAUUCUUAUGCUGACCCAAGCAUCAUCAGCGAAAGGCUACCUAUCAUCAUGCAUAAGACUGAAAAGCUUAGAAUCUCCAGUAAUUUGUAAGGUUCUAUAAUGUCUUUGACCCUUUGUGCAACUAAUUCAAAUUGUCUUUAUGUUGUAAUCAUAGAAGAUGUUAAUCCAUUCAGGCAGAUUUAUUCACUCACAGAUAUCUUCGUUCCAUCUUUUCUUGGUUAACUAUCUAUAUAUUUCAUGAGUCAUUAUGGGAAAGAAAAAGGAGUCAGCAUUCACCACUAAUGUUUAAGAUGUUGUAGUUUCUUAUUUGACCAUAUUGAAUAUGACAAUCAUAGAGAGAAGAAGAAUUGAAAGCCAAAGGAGCUUCUGGAAAUAGAUGCUGUGUGCAUAAAAGAAGUGAUGCCUAUGAGAAUAUUACUGCAAAAGGCAGCACGUUCGAAGAAUCUGAAAGCAUUUGAAGUUUGUAGAUGAACCAUGGAACAAGGCAGAUCUUUAAAGCGAUUAUAUACUUCCACUUCAGGACUGGUAAAGAAAAGGAUUUCCAUGUUUGGGUCAUAGCAAAUUUCUAUUGUUUGUGGAGAACUAAGUGGGAAACAAGUCCAUGACAGGUUACAUUUGCCUUUGUAUAUCCUAUCCAUUGAAGAAUGGGUACUCUUUAGGAGAACUGACAUGGGACAGCAACAGGGGUCUAUCAAAAAUUAUCCACAACAUCUUGCAUGCUUGGCAAAACUAGGCAAUCCCAUGGAGUCAGGGACCGCUACCCCUACUGCUCUAAUGCUUCAUUUUUAGCAAAUCAUCAAAACCAAGUUACUGUAGAGAUUUGCACCAGUUGACCACCCAUAGAAAUAUAUGAAGUUAAGCUAUGGAAAGAAACUAACACACAUGGCAUUUGCCUUUCUUUUUGGAUAAAAUUGGCAUUUACCUUUCAAGGACGAAAUGGGCCCAAUGUUGUGAAACAAGUUCCACAUUAAACCUUGAGCAUUAGAACCAACCUGUCCAUGUAUUUUUUGACACCUAAGACCUUAAUUAAUGCUGCUGUUAAUUCUAGUUAAGUGUUUGUCUGAACAGAAGAAGAGAAUGCCACAUGGAACAUGCAUAAAGAUAAAAGUGGUGGCCAUGGAAAGACUUAAUGGGUGGAAAUGGUUCGACUGUUGAUGAGAAUGAUUUUUUUUCCCCCUUUGGCUAACGGGUGAUAGUCAUUUUCAAAUGUUCUCUUCAUCCUUAUCUUCUUUGCUGAGUCACCCCCCAUUUAGUCGUGUACCUGUAUUCUUGCAUUUAUUUCAUCUGGUGGUCAUUGUUUCCUUAUACCUGUAGGUGGUGUUGUUUUUGUUGAGGACAAAAUGAUCACUGUAACCAAUUGAAUUUGUUGAGUUACAAGUGAAUAGAAAAUUUUUUAUGUA